UUCAUUGUAAAGGCAAACUCCGCGUCGGGGAUGGCAGUGCACGACGAUUGUAAGCUAAAAUUCAUGGAACUGAAGGCUAAGAGAAAUUUUCGCUUCAUCAUCUUUAAAAUUGAUGAGAAUGUGCAACAAGUCAUAAUAGACAAGCUCGGUCAACCGAAUCAGAGCUAUGAGGAUUUCACUUUAGCCUUUCCGGCCAACGAGUGUCGUUAUGCCGUCUUUGAUUUCGACUUCAUCACCGACGAGCAUUGCCAAAAGAGCAAGAUCUUCUUUAUUUCUUGGGCUCCCGAUGCGUCGAAGGUGAGGAGUAAAAUGUUGUAUGCUAGUUCCAAAGACAAGUUCAAAAGAGAACUCGAUGGAAUUCAAGUUGAGUUACAAGCAACAGAUCCAAGUGAAAUGAGCUUCGAUAUCGUGAAAGCCCGAGCCUUAUAA